GAAGAUCAAACAAAAUCAACCUUCAAAGGCAUUCAGAGGGUUGAACAACUAACUCAGGGGCAGACCAAUCAUCAUUCGGAAGCAAAUUAUUUAAACAUAAACAAGGAAGAGACUUUGGGAAUUAUGUAAACAGUAGCUGGCCAAGGCUUAUAAAAGGCCCUCCAUGGAAGUCACUAGCAAAAGCUCAGAAACUUCUCCAGGCAACCCAACUCUCAAUCCAACUUCUGACACCAUGGCCUGCUGCCACACUAGCUUUUGUGGGUUUCCCAGCUGCUCCACCGGCGGGACCUGUGGCUCCAGCUGCAGCCAACCAAGCUGCUGUGAGACUAGCUGCUGCCAGCCCACCUGCUACCAAACCACCAGCUGCCAGCCCACCUGCUGCCAGACCACCAGCUGCCAGCCCACCUGCUGCCAGACCACCAGCUGCCAGCCCACCUGCUGCCAGCCCACCAGCUGCCAGCAGCUGACCUGCUUCCAGACUGGCUGCUGUGGGACUGGCGGUGGCAUCAAUAGUGGCAUCGUCAGUGGCAUCGGCUCUGGCCAGGGCGGUAGCAGUGGAGCUGUGAGCUACCGUGUCAGGUGGUGCCGCCCAGACUGCCGCGUGGAGGGCACCUCCCUGCCCCCCUGCUGUGUGGCGAGCUGCACCCCCCCAUCCUGCUGCCAGCUGUACCAGGCCCAGGCCUCCUGCUGCCGUCCAUCCUACUGUGGACAGUCCAGCUGCCGCCAAGUCUGCUGCUGCCAGCCCACCUGCUCUGAGCCCUCUUGCUAA